AUGAAAGAUUCAGGCAGUGAAAUGAUUAAUAGAGAUUGGGUCAUGAAGCAAAAACGACGAAAACUUCCUUGUAUACUAGAUUUAUUAGACCAGAAAGUGGAUAGUACUUCUGUGGCUUUUGAUUCUCCAGAGUUAACUCCUCCUUCUGCUAAACCAUCUAAGCCUCGGCUUAGGACUGAUUCAACUCCUGAAAAGACCUCCUCCAAAAGAAAGGGACAUGACGGGAAUUAUUUUGAAUGUGUAAUCUGUGACCUUGGUGGUGAUUUACUGUGUUGUGAUAGUUGUCCUCGGACCUAUCAUACCGAAUGCCUCACUCCGCCUCUUAAGCGGAUUCCAAAUGGCAAGUGGAUCUGCCCAAAGUGUUCCCAAAACAGUGAUGCACCAAAGCCUGUCAAUCGUUUAGACGCCAUUGCAAAGCGCGCAAGAACGAAAACCACGAAACGAAAUUCGCAAGCCGGACCAAAGUGCGAGAGAGCCUCCCAGGUCUAUUGCAGCUCUAUAGUCUCUGGAGAACAAUCUUCAGAGAAAGGGAAAUCGAUUUCGGCCGAGGAGAGCAAAUCCAUAGGAAAAGAAGUUUACUCGUCACCGAUGGAUGCGGAUGGGUGUUCCACUGCAGAGCUUGGUCAUGACCAACCCAAUUCAUCGUCUCAUGGAGACGAUGGUCUGGGAAACUCUGCCAUACCCACUGCAGAUCCGCCUUCUGAUCUGCAAUCCUGUGAAGAUCUCUCUGAAUCUAAACUAUCAAAAACUGGUAAAAAACAUGAAGCACCCGUGGAGAAGUUGGAACAGAUUGUGGAGAACAAUACAACUGUUGAAGCGGAGAGGGGAAAAGGUAAAAGGAAAAAACGGAAGCGUGAACUUAAUGAUGGGGAAAGUCCUAAAAGGUCCAAGACUGACAAGAAACGUGCAAAGAAAAGUUUGUCCAAAGUGGAUCCUCAGAAUACCAAAACACCAGAGUCUUCGAAGAAAAAGAAGAAGAAGAUUCGUGUGACAUUAAAAUCCUUGUCCAAACCUCCUCAGUCCAAGGUGGAAUCACCAGAGAAAGUGAAGAAACUUUCCAAGGAGGAGCGUCGUACAGUACGUGACGCAGAGAAAUCUUCUAGUCAUUUGGAUGACAAAAACUCUCUUCAUCCAGGAAACCUACAGGUGGAUCGUGUUUUAGGAUGCCGAAUCCAAGAUCCGAAUAAUACCUCGCUGUGUACUGCUGUUUCAGAUAACUUGUGUUCUGAUAAUUUACUAGCUAAUGACCUGCGAGAUAGCUCAGUGCAAGAUACAAAUCCUGUGUUAGCUGUUGCCGACGACAGACCAGAUUCCUCUUCUGAGACAGGUCUGAAGGAUAAAGAUAUGCAUGAAUCUGCAGUAGGUACUGAGGAUUUGGUUGAAGAGAAAGAAGAUAUGCUUUCAGAAGACAAUUCUGAUGCCACAUUGAGUAGACAUGUGGAUAACGAAGAUAUAAAAGCGAGUGAAGCAUCUGUCUCUGUUGAGGGGGAGUUACUUAAAGAUGCACAUCAGGAAAUGGGGGAAAAAUGCCCUGUGGCUGGGGAAGAAGUUGAGGAGCCUGUUGAUGUUAAAACUUCAGAUCUUAUUGGAGAGACUGUAUCAUAUGAGUUUCUUGUUAAGUGGGUGGGAAAAUCUAAUGUCCACAACAGUUGGAUUUCUGAGGCGGACCUCAAAGGUCUUGCUAAAAGAAAACUAGAAAACUACAAAGCAAAGUACGGAACAGCUGUGAUAAAUAUCUGUGAAGAUAAAUGGAAACAGCCUCAGCGAAUAAUUGCUCUUCGUGAUUCAAAAGAAGGUAGCCAAGAAGCUUAUGUAAAGUGGACUGGUCUAGCUUAUGAUGAAUGCACAUGGGAGAGCUUGGAGGAGCCUAUUAUUAAGGAAACACCCCAUUUGAUUGAUCUUUUUAAGCAGUAUGAGCAGAAAACAUUGGAAAAGGAUAUCACCAAGGGUAGUUCCCUAAGGGCAAAGGGUGAAGGUCAGCAAAGUGAAGUUGUUACCCUCACAGAACAACCUGAAGAGCUCAGAGGAGGAGCCUUGUUUCCUCAUCAGCUUGAGGCCUUGAAUUGGUUACGUAGAUGCUGGCACAAAUCGAAAAAUGUUAUACUUGCUGAUGAGAUGGGGCUUGGAAAAACAGUGUCAGCCAGUGCAUUCCUCUCCUCGCUUUAUUUUGAAUUUGGAGUUGCGAGACCUUCUUUGGUUUUGGUUCCACUCUCAACAAUGCCGAACUGGCUAUCAGAGUUCUCUCUUUGGGCUCCACUCCUUAAUGUUGUGGAGUAUCACGGAGGCGCGAAAGCAAGAGCCAUAAUUCGAGACUAUGAGUGGCAUGCAAAGAAUUCGACUGGGACGGCCAAGAAGAUGAUGCCAUACAAAUUCAAUGUCCUUUUAACUACCUAUGAAAUGGUUCUGGCCGACUCAUCUCAUCUACGUGGAGUUCCAUGGGAGGUUCUUGUGGUUGAUGAAGGGCAUCGUCUAAAGAAUUCAGAGAGUAAGCUGUUUAGCUUGCUCAACACAUUCUCUUUUCAACACCGUGUACUUUUGACUGGCACUCCUCUACAGAAUAACAUUGGUGAGAUGUAUAAUCUGCUCAACUUCUUGCAACCGUCUUCAUUCCCUUCUCUGUCUUCUUUUGAGGAGAGGUUCCAUGAUCUGACAAGUGCUGAGAAAGUAGAGGAAUUGAAGAAACUUGUUGCUCCUCAUAUGCUUCGCCGGCUUAAAAAAGAUGCCAUGCAGAAUAUUCCUCCAAAGACAGAGAGGAUGGUCCCUGUUGAGCUGACGUCAAUCCAGGCUGAAUACUAUCGUGCAAUGCUAACGAAGAACUAUCAGAUACUACGGAACAUCGGGAAAGGAGUAGCACAACAAUCAAUGCUUAACAUAGUGAUGCAGUUGAGAAAGGUUUGCAAUCACCCAUAUCUCAUACCAGGUACGGAGCCGGAGUCUGGGACUUUGGAGUUUCUUCAUGAUAUGAGAAUAAAGGCGUCAGCCAAGUUGACUCUGCUGCACUCCAUGCUUAAGGUGCUGCAUAAGGAUGGCCAUAGAGUUCUGAUAUUUUCACAGAUGACAAAGCUUCUAGACAUUCUGGAGGACUACCUGAAUAUUGAAUUUGGGCCGAAAACAUUUGAAAGGGUGGAUGGUUCUGUUGCUGUAGCUGAUCGUCAGGCAGCUAUAGCACGUUUCAACCAAGACAAGAAUCGGUUUGUGUUUCUUUUAUCGACUCGUGCCUGUGGUCUUGGUAUCAAUCUGGCAACGGCUGAUACUGUUAUUAUAUAUGACUCUGAUUUCAACCCUCACGCUGAUAUCCAAGCCAUGAAUAGAGCUCAUCGAAUUGGACAAUCCAAACGACUUUUGGUAUACAGACUUGUCGUCCGUGCCAGUGUCGAAGAGCGUAUUUUGCAGCUGGCCAAGAAGAAGUUGAUGCUCGAUCAGCUCUUUGUAAACAAGUCCGGAUCUCAGAAGGAAUUUGAAGAUAUUCUACGCUGGGGGACUGAGGAACUUUUCAAAGACUCUGCUGGUGAAAACAAGAAAGAUACAUCUGAAAGUAAUGGCAACUUAGAUGUGAUCAUGGAUUUGGAAAGCAAGAACAGGAAAAAAGGUGGUGGCCUAGGAGAUGUUUACCAGGACAAAUGUACAGAUGGAAAUGGGAAUAUUGUUUGGGAUGAGACUGCAAUUAUGAAGUUGCUUGACCGUUCAAAUAUUCAAUCAGCCUCCACCGAUGGCGCUGAUACUGAGUUGGAGAAUGAUAUGCUCGGCUCCGUAAAGCCUGUGGAAUGGAAUGAGGAAACAGCUGAAGAACAAGUUGGAGUUGAAUCACCUGCUCUGGUGAUUGAUGAUACAGGUGAACAGAGUUCAGAGAGGAAAGAUGAUGAUGCAGUCAAUUCCAUUGAAGAAAAUGAAUGGGACAGGCUUCUGCGUAUGAGAUGGGAGAGAUAUCAGAGCGAGGAAGAAGCAGCGCUUGGUAGAGGGAAGCGUUUGAGGAAGGCUGUUUCGUACAGGGAAGCCUAUGCCUCACAUGCCAGUGGAGCUGUAAUGGAGGGUGGCAAUGAAGAUGAGAAAGAACCAGAACCAGAAGUUAAGAAGGAAUAUUCACCUGCAGGGCGAGCCCUAAAAGACAAGUUUACGAAGCUGCGAGAAAGGCAAAAAAGCCGGCUUGCAAAAAGGAAUUCUGCUGAAGAUUCAAUUCCUAAUGGCAAUGUGGAUCAGAUAGCUGAAGCAGCUAAUCAGGACGAAGAAAGCCCUGCAAUGAUGGACUUGGACGAUACCAAAGCUAGCCAAGCCGUCUCGCUAAGGCAAGACGGUUCUUCAGAUCCUACACCACCAGAUCUUCUAAGCCAACAACAUCACGGCGCAGAAUGCCCACCAUCUUUACCCCCAAACAACCUUCCAGUUCUUGGACUGUGUGCUCCCAAUUUUGCUCAAUCAGAACCCUCCCGGAGAAAUUACUCUCGUCCAAGUAGUAGACAGAACAGAACCAUACCAGGACCUCAUUUUCCUUUCAAUCUACCCCAAGCAUCGAGCUCGGUUGAGAGGGAAGCAAACAACCAGGAGCCUUCUUCUACGGGAAACUUAAAACCACAGAACGUAAAGGAGGAACCUUCUCAGCAGCCACUUAGCAAUCUUGAUGGUUGGCUUCCACUGCGUUCGUUCCCUCCGUCAGGAGAAUAUGAGCGUCCUCGAAGUUCUGGUACCGCCUUUGCUGAUUUCCAGGAGAAGUUUCCGAUGCUUAACCUACCAUUUGAUGAGAAGCUGCUUCCUCGAUUUCCAUUUCAGCAGAGAACCAUGGGAGCUUCGCAUCAAGACAUCAUGGCCAAUCUUUCCAUGAGGAAAAGAAUGGAAGGUAGUGGUCAUUCGAUGCAAGACCUAUUUGCGGGAUCACCAAUGCCGUUUCUACCCAACAUGAAAAUCCCUCCUAUGGAUCCACCUGCUGCAUACAGCCAACAAGAAAAGGAGUUACCGUCUUUGGGUUUGGAUCAGUUCCCUUCAGGUCUUUCAUCUAUCCCGGAGAACCAUCGGAAGGUGCUGGAGAAUAUAAUGCUAAGAACAAGUUCCGGAAUGGGACACUUACAGAAAAGGAAAACGAGAGUCGAUGCAUGGUCCGAGGAUGAGCUAGAUUCUCUCUGGAUAGGGGUUCGCAGGCAUGGCUAUGGAAACUGGGAGACCAUUCUCAGAGAUCCAAGGCUAAAGUUCUCUAAAUUCAAAUCUCCAGAGUACUUGGCAGCAAGGUGGGAAGAAGAGCAGCGUAAGUUCUUGGAUAGCCUUUCUUCUCUGCAAUCUAAACCAAGCAGGUCUGAUAAGUCCACCACCAAAUCUCCCUUGUUUCCUGGCCUUCCCCAAGGUAUAAUGAAUCGAGCUUUACAUGGAACUAAAUAUGCUACUCCUCCACGGUUCCAAUCCCACCUCACAGACAUUAAACUCGGAUUCAACGAUCUAGCAUCUACACUUCCGUUAUUUGAGCCAUCUGAUCACGCAGGAUUUCGAAGUGAGCCUUUUCCUCCUAUGGCAAAUCUCUGCACUGACAAUCUCUCUGGGGAUCCUUCUGCUGGACCAUCUGACCGGUCAGGGACAUCGACAAAAACUCCCAGCGAUAAGCCUUUUCCACUUAACUCUCUUGGAAUGGGGAAUUUAGGCUCAUUGGGUUUGGAUAGUUUAAGCUCCUUAAACGCACAGAGGAUGGACGAAAAACGGGAUGCCAUCAAGCGUGGGAAGCUACCUUUGUUUCUUGAUAUGCCGUUACCUCCAAUGCUAGAUUCUAACAACAAUGUGUUCAUGGGAAGAUCAGUCAAUCCAUCUAUCCUUAAUCCAAACAUGAAUCUCUCCAAUCCAAGAGACGUAUUGGGAUGUAGCUCUUCAGAGAACAAGCUACCUCAUUGGUUACGCGAUGCUGUAACUGUUCCUCCCGCUGCAAAGUCACCUGAACCACCCACUCUACCUCCAACCGUGUCAGCUAUAGCUCAAUCAGUCCGUGUCUUGUAUGGUAAAGAUUCCACUACCAUUCCACCGUUUGUGAUACCAGAGCCAGCGCCUCCUGCUCCUAGAGAUCCAAGACACAGUCUGCGUAAGAAAAAGAAACGGAAAGUGCGUCCAUCUAGUCAAAUGACUACAGACAUUGCUAGUAGCAGCCACAUAGAAAGCAGCUCUCAAGGGAAUCCCCAAACAUCUGCAACUCCUCCUUUGCCUCCACCGUCUCCAUUGGUUGAAACUUCAGGGUCUUCUCAACCCAUUUUACCUCCUCACAACCUAAACAGCACAGAACCAUCUUCCUCCGAGCCAAUAGCUGUUCCACCACCUGAAGAAGAUUCUGUGGUAGCAGCAGCGCCGUCUGAAGCACCCGGGCCUAGUCUAGAGGGAAUCACUGGUACGUCAAGGUUAACCUUGCCAGAGAGCAAAAGCUCUGAACCGAAAUCUAUCAACGAAGAGGGAGACUCGGUUCUAGAAACCCUUGAGAAAACUGAGGCUGAAGAACUUCCAAUUCAUUCAGAUGAUAAGCCUUUGGAUGUGAAACAAGACGAACAAGAAUCUGAGGAUGCGUUGUUGAGCAAGCAGUGUGAGCCUACAAAGGCUGAGAGUCAAAAUACUGUCGCAGAACAAGAAGACAAAGAAGAAGAAUCCUUGAAGAUGGUAACUGAUAAUUCUCCUGGUGACGAUUGA